AUGAACUUCUUCACGGUAAAUUCUGUUCUUUUUCGUGAAAAAUCCAACUUAUCAGAUUGCUUUCCUGUUUUCCAUCCUUCUGGCGAACGCUUUCACGGCUCCGAGCAGUGAGUUUAUUCAAAAGUUGGCUAGUGAAGGAUAACUGCGCUUUUUCAGAGAAAUGCGGUGAAAACGAAGAGUUCCGCGAGUGCGGAACCGCCUGCGAAGCCAACUGCUUCGAGGGACACGUGGUAAUUUAAAUGAAAAUGUUGAGAACCGAAAAAAAUAAGUAUUUUCAGAUGUUCUGCACGAUGCAAUGCAUUGUGAACGUGUGUCAGUGCAAGAACGACUUCUUCCGCAACAAGGACAAGAAGUGUGUGCCACGUAGCAAGUGCUAA